AAAAAAGUCGAAGGGCUCGGCUCUCUCAAGUGGUAGUACUUAUCGAGAACUACUUACUGUGUUGAAGCGCACAAAUACUCGAAAGAAACUGUGUCAAGAAAUAAAGUCACAAUAAACAAGUAAGUGAAAAAUAGCCUGAUGGAUUCAUUACAAGAGUAAUAUCCACUUUUGUUUUUUAGAUAGUUAACGUUCGUUCUACUUUCUAUCGGUUUUGCAAACGGCAGAUAGCAGCCAUCACGCGACCGCUACAACAAGACGUUGGCCAUCUUACCUGUACAACGAACUACUGGCCGUUCGUCCUGACAUUGUCAAAUCUCAACGCGGGGAAAACCAAUCUGACAUUUUGGUUUUACGACCUCUAGAACCAAUUACCGUUGACAAAAAAAGAACUCACAGCACACAACUCGUUUUCGCAGCCUCGCCCUGUUUGUCGUGUCACGAACGCGAUCAUCAUGGAGGUCGCCAAGGUCGACGAUCCGUUAGGACAAGCUGCAUCCGCGCGGGAGCGUGGUGGCACUGCCAGUACGGUGGCGUCCGAGAAGAUGAAGAAGAAGAAGAAGAAACGAUUUCGCCGCUACCAGCGAACGCACCAGCGCAAGAAACAAUUGUUGGAUUUGUGCAAGCAGGAGGGUGUUGACUUGGAUCUAUUCGAGAAAAAGGGGAUCAGUGUGACGAAACACGGCGACCUCCUGGCCACCGUGACCGUGCCGGAAAUUUUUAUGCUGCGCGUCGGUAGUGGAGGUGCGUCCGAGCUGCAAAAAGCUUGCAUUCGUCGAACCGUUAAGGUUAAAGACAGCCUGCAAGAAGCGUUCGCUGCCGCAGAAGAAAAAGUGCAGGAAAUGAAACGUGCGCCGGCGAAGUACCUGCAUGAACACGAAUGCGUGGAGCUGGAGCUGGUGAAGGCGGGCGAUGAUGGCCAUGAGAUGCUUGUGGGACCUGGGGAAAAGCGUGGACCUCGUGUGCAGAUCGGUGAAACCACUUUUGAAAACGGUAACAAGGUCGUGCUGCUGGUCCCAGGCCAGGAAUACCACCUUCGGGUGGUCAACACGGCGUGCGAUACCGACUUCGUGGUGAAAGGGCACGUGAUGAAAGAAAACGGCAAGAAAGUUCCGUUCCUCAUCGGCGAGGGCGACGCCUGUGACUUGCGGAAGGGAAUAAACAAAGGAUAUCGCCGCGAACACGACGAUGACGCGUUCAAGCCACUGUUUGCCGACAGAAAAGUGAUUUUCCGUGGCUACCAGACUCGCUACGAGAAGGGAAACUACGAGCUGACGCAAGAGGCUUACGUGUUCAAAGCGGCCGAGCUGGGGACGGAUGGGACGAAGAAUUUGGAUUUAUUGGUCGAGACCCUUUACGUUGAGGUGUUUGAGAAUGUCGGCGAGUGGACUUUCAACCGUGGCGGCGGGAGAAAAAAGUGCAACCGCUCCUCGUCGAUGAAGAAAAAUGGAGUGCUGGUUCCCGGCAAACUCGAGAGCAAUACGGUCGACUGUCCCGGAGCCGAGAAGCGUUGGGAAAGUCGGGAAGGGGCCUAUUUGGGGACUCUCGAGCUGACGGUGAAGCUGAAACAGUAAAUGCGGAUUGAGACUGGAAUAGGUUGCUUCUCGGAAUGGGAAGAUGAAGAAGAAGUGAGCAUUGUACGCCACCCUGCUAUGCGAUGAUUUAUUUAUACCUUUACCACAAAUAUGUUUUGUCGCAAAGACAGAUGAUUUUGGCCUUCGCGGGGGCUAAAAGUAAGUGUCCAGAACCACGAUGAAGGUUGAUUCGAUACUUGGAGCGCGCACGGGACUACUUACGGAAGCACAAUAAGAGAAAGGAAAAUAUAUCGUACUUGUUUUCAUACAAAAGAUGACGUCGUCUAAUCUGGAAGUAGCACUUCUGUCAGAAUCGCAACGAACACUAGUGUGCAGACGCUUUUCGAAAGACAGGACAGAUGGUGGAAGGACCAGCAGUCUUUUGUAAUCGAUUUGAAAUGUUGCGGCCCUAGACAUGAUACAGCGCA